GGCGCAGGAAAUUCGCCGUUCUUUUUGUAAUUGUCUUCUAAUAUCUGUUGCGGCGCAUCAAAUUUAGUUCACAUAUUCGGUGUAUGUUAACAAAGCUGACCGUCCAAUGUGUACGUCAUUAAACACAGAGUUCAUAGUAGUGUCAAGGGAGCGUGGUAGUGUUCUUCGGGCAAGCCAAAAAAUUCAACAUACAAAGAAGAGAAAGGUCUCGCAACUAUGUUCCGAGGUGAAGGGGAUCCACCUGCACCGAAGGAUGCACCACACCCGCCAACUGCGAAUGUAUUUGGCGUGUUGCAAGCAAAGAGCCCAGUAUUUCAAAGCAUUGCACAUGGAACUUCUGCAGCGAAAAAUAUCAGUUCUCCGUUUGGAAUUCAGUCAAGUCAAAUGCAGUCUCAACAGAAUCCAUAUGCGUCACCUGCCACAGCUUUUGGCCACCAGCCUCAUCUCGAAAAAACCGUAGGGAACACAAACCUGUUUGAAAGACUCGGUACACCAACCGCGCUGCCUCAAUUGACCGCAGGUGCUACACAACCAACAAAGCAAUGUGCAUCUCCACCAUUUAGCUUUGGUUUGAAACAAGAAUUUGUCACACCGAAGGCAACAGUGAGUGCAACUGCAGCUACUGCACCUUUCCCCAAAAGCCUUGUACACGCAGGUGCUUUUGGUACUCCGCCAGCAGCUCCAAAAUGUGAGGCGGCGAAGCAACCUCUCUUUGGCAGCGUCAGUUCACCUUUGAAAGCCUUUGGCUUCAGUGUGGGGAAACAAGAACCGGGAAGACCGUCCCUUUUCGGAAAUGCUCCGCAGUGCCAGCAAGGUGGCUUUUCUGCACGUCAGCAGAUUGGAGCUACAGUUCCAGUGCCUGACAGUGGAACGAAACUGUGUGGUCUUCAUGCAAACCAAGAAAGAAAAGUAGCUUUUGUGCCUGGCUUAAGUCAGCAGCAGCAGAGGUCCCUUGGUGAACAAGCUAGCAUCUUUGACGCAAAGUCUAGAGAAAGUGACAAGGUUAAGUCUGAUACAGGUUUCUCCUCGCCCUUCUCCACAGCCAAUGUUGCAAAGCCAAGCAUUUUUGGAGCAUCUUCCGCACAUCAGCAGGGAGCACAGGGAUUUGCUACACUAGGUGCUGCUGUUUCGCACCCGGAGAGGAGCGUCUUUGGGAACGUUAAGUUUUCUGUUCCAGUAUUUAGCAUCCGCACUGGAGGCAAGUUAGUGACGGAUGCACACGGAACGCACGUUGCAACUUCAGAACCUCCAGUUCCACCUCUGUUCACGGACAAACAAAAAUACAGAGAACCUGGUACAGGUACUCCCACGGACGAGCCAGGGAGAAGGAAGUCUCCCGCCAACCCGCACGCUACAAGAAGUGAAUCGAGAUCGCUUGAAAGUAGCCACAGGAGGAGUAGCCACAGCUCACGAAGUUUGCUGGCGAGGGCACUGGCAGGUGUAGAGGGUGAAAAGAAAAUGGGGAACAAAGUGGUGGCGACCCCAGAGGAGAUAAGCACUUUGGUCACGCUCAUGUGCACCAACAUCCCAGCCGAGCACAAUGACAGGGAGACGCUGCUGGAGCAUUUUUCUCAGUUUGGUCCUAUUGAACGCAUUACCUGCCAACCACGCAAGGGCUGUGCAUCCGUGAAGUUCCGAGACCAUCAAACCGCAGAAUUGGCCAAAAAACAUGGAGCCCGCCUGUCAACCUCGUGCCCCCCACUCGAAAUCUUCUGGUGUUCCAGCAGAAAACUUUCAACUGAAGGUGCAAAGCAUCCAUCAUCUGGCAGCACAGACCGAGACCAAGAAGAGAGUGACAUCACGGAACCAAAAAUACUUCCAAGGCCAGAAGAAGCCCCACCGAAACAUCCUUCUUUGGUGAGGAGAGUCUCAGAAUCUGCAAGGAGUACCUCCCUGCUGGCUAAGCUGACGAAGCCGAAGUUGGCCUCCGCAAAGGCUCUGCUGCAGCGGAAGACAGCAGCCGAGAGAGAUACAGUUGAUGCAACUAAAUGUGCCACUCAAGCACAGGAUGAGGCACAUCUAAUGGCUGAACUUAGACGAACAGCACACACUGUGGGUGAACGGUUCAGGACACUCGAUGUGAGAGACAAGAUCAUAAGGCUGCAUUUACAGAAACAGUCUGAUAUUGUAACUGCAAAAGCAACACGUGGCAGCUGCCCUGAUAUGUGCCCAGAGAAAGAGAGGUACUCUCGUACGGACAAGAAAUGCCUGUCGUCUUUCGAAGUUCUGCCAGGCAGUGAUGGUGUGAUGGACCCCAGGCGGAUGGUUAAGGAAUACAGUCGCUCGUCGGCUGAUCAGGAGGAGCCUCUUCCACAUGAACUGCGGCCUCCUUCUGUGCUUUCUCUCACCAUGGACUAUCUCAUGUGCAACAUCAUGGACAUACAGGAAAGCGUUCCUGUUGGAGAGUGGUAUGACUUCAUAUGGAACCGCACACGCGCUAUUCGCAAGGACAUCACACAGCAGCACCUCUGCGACCUGAUAAGUGUGUCGCUCGUCGAGAAAUGUGCUCGCUUCCAUAUUCAUUGUGCCGCGGUGCUCAUCGAAGAGGACAUGACGACGUUUGAUUCGAAGAUCAACGACGAGAACCUAGGCAAAUGCCUGCAGACGUUGAAGCACCUGUAUUAUGAUAUUUCGCUUCGUGGCGUGCGUUGUCAUAAUGAGGCGGAGUUUCGUGCUUACGAUGUGCUUCUUCAUCUUAACGAGGGAGACAUUGUCUGGCAAGUGCAGCAGCUUCCAGAGGAUAUUCGACGAUCUCCCGAAGUGUCUCUCUCUGUGGCUGCUUCUGAAGCUCUAAACUGCCACAAUUAUGUGCGGUUUUUCCGGGUUGCAGCAGAGGCUCCAUAUUUGAGUUCCUGUUUGCUCCAUCGCUACUUCGCACAAGUGCGCACGCAGGCCCUCCAGACCAUGCUGAAAGCGUGCAGACCGACAAGCCACAAGGAAGAGAUUCCUUUGUCCACGCUCGUGGACCAGCUGAAAUUCGACGAUGCCGCGGAAGCGCAGGACUUUGCCACGUGCUUGGGGCAAGCUGCGGAUGAAAUGUUCCUCUACCUCGACCGUUCCUCACAGAUGCAACUGGAGCGAGCUCCACUUCGUGAAGGAGGAGGAAAUGUAAUAUUUUCAACGAGAAGAGGGUGGGAACAGAAAGGACGUUCAAAGUUACUGGUAGAGAACAAACGCACAUGCUCCAUUGGUGAGGUUGUAAAUGGAAGCCCGCUACCUUCUGAUCCUCUUGACAGCUACAUUCCCCAUGAUAGUUUCAUGACAGAUGGGACACUUCGUCCUGCUGCCUAUGAUGCCGGGGACCAAGUGAGAAAGUGUUGGGGAGAGAGCAGCUCAGAAACACCAGCGCAAGAACUACAAAAUACAUUUGCGGUGACUACUGCGUUCGAGUCUCAGCCUCCUUCCUUCGCCCCUCCUGCUCCGCUGUACUCGAAUGAGGCAAUUAAGGAUGUUGCACGUGACAUCAUCAAUGAGACAAUAGUUGAUUAUGCCUACUCGACGGGGCACGAAGUCAUUUUAAUGGAAUGGUCGGAGCAUUUGGCAAGGGAACUGCUGGAAGAGGUAACAGCUGUAUCUGCGAGGGAGCUUUCCCAAGAGGUGUAUCUGUAUGCAAAAGAGCAGAGACUGCAGGAGAUUCUGAUUGCUAAGCAGUUAGCCAGAGAACAAGCGCAAGAAGCUGAGCGUCGGUGCCAUGCAGCACUCGUGGAAGAAAUGACCUUGGAAGUUGUGAACGAAGAUCUCGGCAGUUUGUGCAGAUCAUGCCAUAGGGAGGCACUGCAAGAACUGUGGGACAAACAAAGUGAAGAUAUAGGGAGCAGUCUGCUCUCAGAUGCCAUAGCAUCUGAAGUGCAAGAUGUCGCUGCCUCUGUAUUCACAAAGGAAAGGGCACUCUAUCAUAUGAAACUUUCUAGAGCACACUCAUACAACAACCUGCGGCUCUUGCGAACAUCCUUUAAACGGUGGUUGGAAUACAAAAACGAGCAGAAGUCCCAGCGGGUUGCUCGUGAAACCUUCCCAGCUAUUCCAAACUUGUUUUUUAACCUGAGUGAUCCUGAACUGAGGAUCUGCCCGAAAAGACAACGAGUGAUGCUUGGAGAACACCGUCGUGUGGAGAAGUGUCUUGAUGUUGCAGUCACGCUGAAAGUUCUUCACGAUGAACUGGAGUGGGCACCAAUGGACAUUUCGAGAGUUUUGAGAAAAACUCGCGGCACUUUCCAGUUUCCUUUCAAGUUGCUUGUGUCACUUCCAAGUAGGAAGCAGAGGGAACUUGAUGACCUGUCUGCGAAGGUUAUGAAAAAGCUCGGAUUUUCUCGACAUCAGGUGUCUUUGUCUCAUGAAAAGGUUACAACAUACAUUAACAGCGAAGAAGCAAACGUACCUUUCUGUAUCACUGCAGUCAACUGUACCCCUCCUGACAUGCCUUUGGAUCACCUGGGGCGUCCACAAGCACUCCUCGGCACAUCAGCUGUGCUCUUCAUUGCAACACCUCAGUUUGAGGACAGUGUGCCGCGGCGCCUCAAGGAACUGGCUGUAUCAAUAUCAAAACUUGAUCCUGUUCCUCCAGUAUGUCUUCUAGACAUUUCGCAGGAAAAGUCUACAUCUUCUGCAGCCAUGAAAGCUUUUGCUUUGGACUGGCUUCAACAGCUACUCUUUCCACCUGAAAAGUUGCUUGUCCUGGGUCCUCAUUCUGCGGAGGAGCGAGGGUUCAGACAUUUGAUCGAAGAAGCAUUGGAGUGGUGUGCAGCAGCGAGAUCUAAUGUCCCUGGGCUCUGUAGCGACUAUCUGAAGGAUUUUGCAGAAAAGGCUCUUGUUGAACUCUCCUUCGAUGUCAUUUAUGGUGAUAUCAUUGCAAUGCAAAACAACCCGCAGUUUCCGCACCUGGUUCUGAAGCUAUACAAUAAUGCAGUGGAACACUUGGCACAUGUUCUUGCUUCAGAGUCCCUUGCAAGAUUAACAGUUGCACCUCCUGAACUGAAUCUCUCAUGUUACAAUGUCCACUGGAAUGACCCGUCGUACCUAUUGCGCUUGCACGACGUUGUACUUUCGUUGUGCCUUCCUCCUAUUCAUGGGGAUCCCUACGAGGUGGACACUGUCUGGGAGUACAUUAAGCAUUUGUGCAAGGCUACAAGGUGCCAACACAGUGCAACAGUUCUCAUGGCAAGCACACAAGAAGCGCUGAAGUCUCAUGGUGGCCCUAAACAGAAGCAAAUACCUUGGGCCAGUAUAAUCCACGACUGUCACUGUCACAUCCUGAGAAGCACAAAUUUUUUCGAUCCGUCCACUGGCAAGGAGUACAUCGCACACUACAUGGAAGACGAGCUGUACAGCUUCAGUGUUCCACAGUUUUGGAAUGAUGCCCUGCAUUGGGCUUCCCCAGUUGGGAAGACUACAUUGUCCAUUCCAGUUUCUGACUCAAAAGAAUGCAGUCCUAUGCAAGCAACCAGUUAUGGCCGAGGGGCAGACGCUGUUACUUUGGAUCAACUGGAUGCGUUCCUCAAAAGACAAAAGGCAGAGUCCAUGUCAUUUACCUCCCACCUUGCAAAGUUAGUCUCGGAAAGCCCAUUGGAUGGAAGCUACUGUGAAUCAAUGGUACCCGUCGAAAUGAGCUGGAGCACUUGUGAUGAUGAUAGAUCUGAUGCCGAAAACCUACUUAAUCUUGCUGAUGCUGUUGAUGCUUUGAACACGAGGGUUCAAUCCAGCAAGAUGACCAACCGGACGAUGACGAAAAUACUUGAGCUUGUCUUGGGCUCAGGAGAUGCUUGAGGCUGAGAUAUAAUAAUGUAAUUAUGUAGUGUAUAUUUUUCUCGCAUACAUGUUGUACACAUUUUCCCACAAAUCUCGCAAUGAAAUACAUAGUUAUGUUCUGUA